GAGACAAUGUGGUAUGAGAUUUUUUAAUACUUCAAUUAAACCGACUAUCUAUCCAACCGUAUCUUCCAUAAAGCCGGUACAAAAUUUUGACGAAAUAACUAAAGAAUUAAUACGUACACGAUUAAGAAAUACUGUUGGUAAAAGUAACGUAAAAUUUAAAUAUGAUACAAGCAAAGUUGUCAAAGAUGCGGCAGUUUUGAUGCCACUUUGUGUUGUAAAAGGUGAACCAAGCGUUUUAUUCACAAUAAGAAGCAAUAAACUAAAAACGCAUAAUGGAGAAGUAAGUUUUCCUGGUGGAAAAAAAGAAGUCACAGAUCCUUCGCUCAUGUUCACGGCACUUCGAGAGACUGCAGAGGAAACUGGCAUCCAACCUGAAAACGUCGAAAUAUUAGGACAAUCGACUCCAUUACCAAACAAAGAUCGAACCCUAAAAGUUUAUCCAUUCAUUGGGUUUAUUAACAUCCCCUUCGAAAACGUUAUAAAUGAGAUUAAUUAUAAUGAAGAGGAAGUUCAGGGAGUUUUUUCUGCAACGAUCGAUGAAUUGUUAAAUUCAGAAAGGAAAAAGUGGAAAAAGUUUGGCAAUACCGAUUUUACGUAUCCGGUAUUUCAAGCAUCUUCUAGAUCAGAGUUAGAAAUUUGGGGAUUAACAGCUUUCAUAUUGGAUAGUAAUGAUACUACGGAGGUUGACUAUACCACCGUUAGAGACAGAAAUGAAAACGUCUUAAGAAGAUUAACGAUUGUCAAUAAUGACUGA